AACCCUGUCCCAGGUGAGUGGCCAGCUUGUGUUCUCGCUGAGAAUGCCAUAGUCAGUAGAAGGUCAUUUCUCUGGGGUGUGGCCAGUUUCUCCAGGGAAGGAGGCUCCAGCGCCUUUCUGGAGGAACAUAGCCUGGGUGCUGCUGUUUCACGCUGGACAAAGGUCUGAGGAAUGACUCAUGACAGCAAACAGAGAACUUUCUGGAGCUGGCCCUUGCCAAAGGACAUUAACUCCUUGAAGUGUUUUAUUUCUUGUGAUAAGUUCUGGAGAGAUAACCAUUGGCUGAUAAAGUAACAAAUGAAAAGUAACCCGAAUCCACUGACCUGCACAACCCAGCGGGAAGGAUGGAAAAGAGAGGCCGCUAGCUUGUCGCAGUGGGACAGAUUGAGAAAUGGCGUGCAACAUACCGAACCAAAGACAGCGGACCAUGUCAACAGCAGGAGAAACGCUAUAUGAAAUCCUUGGUCUACACAAGGGAGCAUCAUGUGAAGAGAUUAAGAAAACCUACAGAAAAUUAGCCCUGAAACACCAUCCAGACAAGAAUCCAGAUGACCCAUCUGCCUCUGAGAAGUUUAAGGAAAUAAACAACGCCCACACAAUCCUCACAGACACAUCAAAGAGAAAUAUAUAUGACAAGUAUGGAUCGCUGGGACUCUAUGUGGCCGAGCAAUUUGGAGAUGAAAACGUUAACACAUACUUCAUGCUGUCAAGCUGGUGGGCAAAGACCCUGUUCAUCAUCAUCGGCCUCCUGACAGGCUGCUAUUUCUGCUGCUGCCUUUGCUGCUGCUGCAACUGUUGUUGUGGACAUUGUCGGCCCAAGUCAUCCACACCAGAAGAGGACUUCUAUGUGUCACCAGAGGACCUUGAGGAGCAGAUCAGGACCGACAUGGAGAACGAAAUGGACUUUCCAGUUGUUCUCCAGCCUACAAAUGCAAAUGAGAAGACACAGCUCAUCAGAGAGGGAUCUCGAAGCUACUGCACAGACUCUUGAUGUUCAGCCACGGAGGGUUCGCAGCGCCUCUGCUUGGUUCAGCCAUGUCUCUGGGUGGUCGCAGGGGAGGUGGCAACAUGAAACGCUGUGAACAUAUUCACGUUUGUAUUUUAUUUUUAGGUUAAGGGGAGGGUGAUUGCUACAUAAUUUUCUCACUUUCUCUUUGAGUAGAAUUCCCAAUGAAAAGUAUUCAGUUUGAUGAAUAAAGGCCUGAAGAGUUGUUUUAUGCUUCUCUCGUGAGGUAAGGCGGAGGCAGCGGACAGGUGCCAUGAGUCUGACCCUCAGGUGAGCCAGGUGCUAUUCUCCACACACUAACGUUGUACUAUUUCAGAGGAGAGGACACUGAU